AAUAAGAAAAGUAGGGAUAUUCGGGAUCGGAGAAAAUAGGCGGGGGACACGCCCUCAGCGUGAGCUCACGGCGGGUAGCGCAUAGCCAUAGCGGCCAUAGUUCUCCCGGUUCUCCUCCGCGCGCGCGCGCGUAAGCCAGCCCCCCCCCCCCCAACGCCCCCUCCCUCCCCUCCCCUCCCCCCUUAUCCGAGGCCGAUCGUCUUCUACCGAAAUCGUCGGCGUACGGGCAGGGCCUCCUAGACGAACCUUGGAACUAGAACCUAGAACCCCGAGAAAACCCGAGCCUCGCUUCGCCAGUUCCCACGUGACCCUCACCGAAGGCGGCAAAAAACAAAAGCGGCGCCGGCGUGAGUCACGGCCGAGUGGCCGAGUGCGGCGCUAGGAGAGGAGUGAGCCGUCAUUGAGGCGGCGACUGCGGAACUCGGCAGAGCUUCUCCCGCACGGGCCGAGAUGGACUUCCUCAGCGACGACAACCUAGCCCUGGGCGACCAGCAGGACGUGGUCAGGGCGUCGCGAGUCGGUGCCGGUGACGCCAAGGCGACCGCCGAGCACGCGAGCCCACGCUCCUUGCUGGACGACGAGGAUUACGACCAAGCGUCCGAUCUCUUAUCGGGGCUCCAACGGCCGACCGCGCCGGCCCCGCCGGAGCGGUCCAGGGACCGUACCCCGACCCCCGAUAGCAGCGGCAGCGCGAGUCCUCCGCCAGUGGGACCCAGCAGCGCAUCGUCGAAGCCGGCGGUGGCACGCGACUUGGACGGCACUUCCUCCCUGGCCGACUUCCUCGGUGGUGACAGCGCGCCGCAGCCCAGCGCUCCGUCGGUGGACAAGGUCGCUCCAGCGCCGCCGCCAGCCGAAGAAGCCGCACCCGAUUUAGAAGCUGCCAAAAAGAAGCCGCCGCCCAGACCGGACCAAAGCAGGGAACCCGCCGUUGAGCCCCGGGCUAGGCCUAAAGUCGAGAUGGAGGCCGAGAAAGCGUCGUCCACCACGGGCGAAAAAGUGGGCUGCUGCUUCACAGGAGGCUGGUGGAAUCCAGCAUGCCUGCAUCCAGCCGUGGAGGAGCUGAUCUACUGGCGCCAGGUGAAGAAGAGCGGCCUGGUGUUUGGGGCGGUGCUGGCGGUGCUGCUGUCGCUGACCUGCUUCUCCCUGAUCAGCGUGGUGGCCUACCUGGCCCUGGGGGCCCUGACGGUGGCCAUCGCCUUCCGGGUCUACCGCAACGUGCUCCAGGCCGUGCAGAAGUCCUCCGAGGGACAUCCCUUCAAGGAGUACCUGGACAAGGACCUGAGCGUGCCCAAGGAGAAGGUGCACGAGGCGGCGGACGUCCUGGCCAAGCACGCCGACCAGGUGGUGGCGCGCCUGCGCAGCCUCUUUCUGGUCGAGGACCUCGUCGACUCCCUCAAGCUGGCCCUCCUGCUCUGGGUGCUGACCUACGUGGGGUCUUGGUUCAACGGAAUGACCCUCAUCAUCCUGGCGUACGUGGCACUGUUCACCUUACCCAAGGUCUACGAGACAUACAAGACCGAGAUCGACCAAUACCUCUCGGUGGCCAGGACGCACGUGGGCAACGUGCUGGGAAGCAUCAAGUCGAAGAUCCCCAUUGGCCAGAGGCCCAAGGAAGACUGAGAAGCCUCCUUCUGUGCCACAGGCAGCCCCUGCUGUGUCAUCUCUUCUUUACCUGAGUUUUUUUUUUUCCUUAGAGGGGUUUUUUUUUUGCUUUUUUUUAUGUUAAACAUUGGUGUAGUCUUGCUCUGAGGUUGGGGGAGGGGGAAUGCCUCUAAGGCGGGAGUGCUUUGUGAAGGACCCUCGGACAACCAUAACUGCCCGGAAGGGGGAGAGAUAUGUCCACUCUCUCCCCUUAACAUGAUUUGUUUUUAGCCAGAUUCCACGUUGCCAGGUGGGAGAAGAGCUAUGCUUUCGUGUGUUUUCCCGUCUGGCCACUGGUUGCUCAUUGUAAUUUUUUUUUUUUUUUGCGUGGGCCCAUUUUGAAACAUAAUUUCUACAGCCGCUUUCUUUUCUUCCCUGUAAUCUGUAACUCAUUGAGCCCCUUUAUGUGUCGAGUGCAUGAAUUUGUGAGUGGGUUUUUUUGUUUCUCUGAGCUGUAUACUUAAAGAAAACAAAAGAGGUCAAGUCCAGCCUUGUUUUUAUUUGUUAGAAUUUUCUUUUGCUCAAUAAUUGCUAUAUUCUUAUUUUGGGCAGCGAAUGCAGUGGCACUUUACGCAACAUUCAUUGUGGCUCGAUUGAAAGUGCUCCCAGCGACUUGUGAUGUGACGGCCUAACCACUAUUUCCUUACCGUAGCUCUCUCAAAACUAAUAUCUCCCCUUUUCUCUGGAGUGGCAGCCGCAAAACUUGCCGAACCGUACAUAGACCCGCUUCAGCCGACGAUUUGAACGUUCUCGAGACUUUGGCCUGGACUUGACCUUCGCGCACACUUUCUGGAAUCUGCGAGCCAGAAAGACGGGCCCGCCGAGAGCACUAGCUAGUUGCGCGAGAGUUCCCUUGCUUGCUUUUCUCCAACCUGUUGCGGUUGCAAGGUACGCACCGAGAGAUUGUUGUCGCAAGUCUGGAGGGCCCUGGAGCACCCAGCGUCUCGCAUGCUGCCCGCAAGGCACCUGGAGCGGAGUGCUUGCAGCUGCCGCAGCUGCACUAGCAGCAGCAACCGCGGAAGCGGCGCGUUCGUGUUGCCGCCGCGGAUGCGCAACUGUUGCUUUGAGUGUUUUGAUAAUGCUUUUUCUAACCACUGCAGUAGAAGUCGGGGUGUUGUCAUUUUGGGCCCGUCAGAGCGUGGCACGUGUUGUCAGUUUGGCCCGUCAGGGGGCAGAUAUUUAUUACACUCGAGGACGUUGACCCGUGCACUUUUCUACAGUUGUCUCCGGAAAGUGUGGUUUGCUCGUCCAGUCUCUGUAGUUUCGUUCUCUCCGUUGAAACUACAAUAAAGCAUUCCCCUGUA